CUUUGUUGCAUUUGCUCUAACCACCACUUCACGAGUUUUCUCGGGCGAAAUGGGAUUGUUCGGGGCUGCCGGAGUCAUUUACAAGCCGGUUGAGUCGAUUGAUCUUGGUCCUGCAAGCAAUGAGUUUUAUCUCAAAGCCAAUGUUAAAGCUCCUCGCAUGGCUGGAUUUCUGGUUAAGAUAUUUGCUUGGUUCCUGGAGUCAAGGAUCAUUGGAACGUUGUUGUUAUACAUAUUGAAGAGGAACAACCUCAUUCACAAGCUUGUUUCAAAUGCGACGCUCGAGGAGUCACCGAUGUUUGUUCCUUUGCAUCCUUUUGUUGACCUUAAGGAACAACAAGUUGAACACAUAGACUCUGAUGCAUCUCCAUCAGAACGGGUUCAACGGGCAAUAAAUUGCCUUCCUUUAACCUCAGAGAAGUCCCCGGAUGAUUUAAAAUCCAGCAGCUUCCGACGCUGGACAAUAACGGAUUAUUCAAGAGCCUACAGCUCUGGUGAAAUAACUCCACUGAGGGUCGCGGAGCAGUUUAUAAAAGCCGUGCGCGAAUCUUCCACUGGUGCUUUGCCAAUGUUCUUUUUCAUUAGCUAUGAUGCUGAAGAUAUCCUAAGGCAAGCUACAGAGUCAACUCUUCGGUUCAAAAGAGGGGAUCCGAAAUCGGCUCUAGAUGGAGUCCCAAUAGCUAUCAAGGAUGAAAUAGAUUGUUCCCCUUAUCCAACAACAGGAGGUACAAAGUGGCUGCACAAGGUUAGACAUUGCACCGACGACGCAUGCUGUGUUAUGCACCUCAGAUCCUGUGGUGCUAUAAUUGUCGGAAAGACUAAUAUGCAUGAGCUUGGAGCUGGGACAAGUGGGAUAAAUCCUCACUAUGGGACUACUAGAAAUCCGUUUGAUCCCAACAAAAUUGCCGGCGGUUCCUCCAGUGGAUCUGCUGCCGUAGUAUCCGCAGGAUUAUGCCCUGUUGCCCUUGGUGUGGAUGGGGGAGGUUCUGUGCGAAUGCCUGCAUCUCUUUGCGGUGUAGUAGGGCUCAAACCGACUUUCGGACGCAUACCCCAUUCAGGUGUUCUUCCUUUGAACUGGACAGUGGGGAUGGUUGGAAUACUAGCAGGCACCUUAGAGGAUGCAUUGGUCGUCUAUGCUGCUAUUAGUGGCCAACUUCAAUCAUAUGAGCCAACAACUUUACCUCCCAAAUUACAUGUUCCGCUGCUGAACUCGGCAAAUCUGAUAUCAGAUAUCAAGUUUGCAAGAUAUGGAGAGUGGUUCAAUGACUGUAGCGAUGAGAUCAGAAUAUGCUGCUCCAAUGCUCUGCACUUGCUUUGUGAGCACUACAAGUGGAAGACUGUUGAGGUUACUAUACCGGAGAUAGAGGCGAUGCGGCUGGCACAUUAUCUGACCAUCGGCUCCGAAUGUACUGCUUCACUGAGUUCUUACCUGGAAAAGCUGGAUUUUUCCGAGUUAGGAUGGGAUGCAAGAGUAGCACUGAGGGUGUACGGCUCUUUCGACAGCAACGAGUACAUAAAGGCCCAAAAAAUCAGGAACCGCCAGAUGGAGAUUCAUAAGAAUAUAUUUGACAAGGCAGAUGUCAUAGCUGCUCCAACAACAGGUGUGACUGCAUACACGAUAUUCAACGAUGCUUUAAAGACCGGUGAGCUUGACUACAUAAACGGAGCUGCCCUAGUUCGAUAUCAGAUAGCAGGGAACUUUUUAGGACUACCUGCGGUGACUGUUCCGGUUGGUUAUGACAAAGAAGGUUUGCCAAUUGGCCUUCAAUUCAUAGGGAAGCCAUGGUCUGAACCAACUUUAAUUCACAUAGCAUUUGCAAUGCAGGCCUUGUGCAUCUCACAUUAUAGAAAGCCUAAAGUUUUCUACAAUCUACUGAAUAAGAAUUGAGUGGGGAGCCACCGUGAUUGUUCGGAGGCCGGAGGAUAAUCGGUCGUUGAGAUUACUCCGAUUAGUAUAGCUUCUUUUUCUUCUUAUCUCGAUGAACAACCGACUUGAUCACUUGCCAUGGAAUAUUGCAGUACUCGGUAUUGCUUAAUCAUUGUUGAGAUGGGUGUGUCAAUAAUCAUUAGCAGCAGAAAUUGUGCA